GCCGCCUAUCAGUGCCACCUAUCAGUGCUCAUCAGUGCAGCCCAGGGGCGGACUGACCAUUUGGAAACUCAGGCACUGCCCGUGGGCCCAGGGUCAGUAGGGGGCCCCUUGAGAUGCCCCUGGUACCUUUUUCAUAGGCUUUUUUGGGUGUGCACAAGGACACGGGGCCCCAUGAUCCCCUAUUGCCCGGGGGCCCCAUGAGUUUAGUGCGCCCCAUGAAAUUCCCCUGGUACCUUUUACAGGCUUUUUUUGGGUGUGCUUUGAGUGUGGGCAAGGACACAGGGGCCCCAU